UGCUGCAUGCGUGUAUCCUUCCGCAGAGCCGGUGUGCCUCCGCCGCAGCACACGCAUCUUACAGCCCGCACCAAGCCGAGAUCGUAUAUCUUUAGCUUAGAGUUUCCAGUGACAAAUCUGUUUAUUUUUAUUUUAUUUGACGUGUCCGGUGUGUUUUGAGUAGUCAUGGCUGACAUCGACAAACUCAACAUAGACAGCAUCAUUCAGCGCCUGCUCGAGGUGAGAGGGUCGAAGCCUGGCAAGAACGUUCAGCUGCAGGAGAACGAGAUCCGUGGAUUGUGUCUGAAAUCCCGCGAGAUCUUCCUCAGCCAGCCCAUCCUCCUGGAGCUGGAAGCACCGCUGAAGAUCUGCGGCGAUAUCCACGGGCAGUACUACGACCUGCUCAGACUCUUCGAGUACGGAGCAUACCCACCUGAGAGCAACUACCUGUUCCUGGGAGACUAUGUGGACCGAGGGAAGCAGUCUCUGGAGACCAUCUGUCUCUUGCUGGCCUACAAGAUCAAAUACCCUGAGAACUUCUUCCUGUUGAGGGGAAACCACGAGUGUGCCUCCAUCAACCGCAUCUACGGCUUCUACGAUGAGUGCAGGAGACGCUACAACAUCAAGCUCUGGAAGACGUUCACAGACUGUUUCAACUGUCUGCCCAUAGCUGCCAUCGUUGAUGAGAAGAUCUUCUGCUGUCAUGGAGGUUUGUCUCCUGAUCUGCAGUCCAUGGAGCAGAUCAGAAGGAUCAUGAGACCCACAGAUGUCCCGGACCAGGGCCUCCUGUGCGACCUGCUGUGGUCCGACCCGGAUAAGGACGUGCUGGGAUGGGGCGAGAACGACCGAGGGGUGUCUUUCACCUUCGGAGCGGAAGUGGUGGCCAAGUACCUUCACAAACACGACCUGGAUCUGAUCUGCAGGGCCCACCAGGUGGUUGAGGACGGAUACGAGUUCUUCGCCAAGCGGCAGCUGGUGACUCUGUUCUCCGCACCGAACUACUGCGGAGAGUUCGACAACGCCGGAGCCAUGAUGAGCAUCGACGAGACCCUCAUGUGCUCCUUCCAGAUUUUGAAGCCGGCAGAGAAGAAGAAGCCAAACUCCAGUCGUCCAGUGACUCCUCCCAGGAACGUGGUCACCAAACAGGCCAAGAAAUGAGGCUCGCGCGAGCCGGCUGGACUUGUAUCAUACGCUCAGAUCAGGAUGAACCGUCCACUGCGUCUUUAUUUCCGUUCUUGACCUCGUGUUUUCCUCGUUUACCGUCCCGAGCGGCCGCUCGCAUAUUAGAGGGGAGCCUUUUAAUCUCACAAACGGCUUUUUAUUCCCACUUCAGGACGAUGAAUCAGUUUGACACAGCGUCUCCUCGCAUAGAAAUCCAGGAGGAACGCCACGUUUAAGAUGCAAACCACUGUGAACCAACCAGUCUGUUUUUUUUAUGCACCUGAAGCUUUUUUGUAUUUUGGUCUCGUGAAUGUGCCACGAGGUUUGACAUUCAGUCCGCUUUUAUCAUUUAGAUUUUGUACUUUUUUUGUUUUCAUGAUCGCAAACGAACGGAUGUUGUGCGAGUGUGUGAACUGAAACAUCAAGUUUCUGUGUUUUGACGCGAUGCCUUGUUUUCUUCUUCUUGGGUUCUGGCAUGUUGAUGUGCCGGACGUUUCUGUUGCAUGCAUUAGUGUUCGAGGAAUAGGACACAAGGCCGUGGCUUUCUCUCGGGGCAUGCCACCUUCAGCAUGUCUUCAGAAUAAUGUAGCUCCUCAUCAGGUGGAUCACGUCAGGAAAACUUUUUUCUUGCAAAUUUCUACAGUAUUUCAUAUAAAUUCUGUUUAACCCAAACUCUCACUGUAAAUAUACAGGAAAUGUUUUGUUCAGUCUUGGCAAUAAUUCAGUUUUCCACACUAUAAAUAAUUGUUAUACUUGCAGAAUAAAUCGAAGGGAGAUGGAAACAUUA